AUGUCAGGCAACGAAGGCACAAAGACUGGUUCUGGUUGGACAGACAAGGAGCGUCUCACCUACCUCUUCUCUCUCAUUGAGAAUUCCAACGUCAAGUUCGACUACAACAACACUCCACGCCCCGCCGGCCGUUCCAUCAUCGCCUGCCAGCGCAUGAUAGACCGCCUCAAGAAGGCCACGCUCAAGGACGAGCUCGAAGCUCUCACGUCGGGUGAUCCAGGUACCAACGACAGUACCGGUACUCCGAAGAAGAAGACUCCGACUCCGCGUAAGCGCAAGGUCAAGGGCGAUGCUGCUGCUUCUGCUGUUGCCGAGGGAGAAGCGGAUGUCAAGACUCCGACUAAACGCGGUCGUAAGAAGGAGGUUGGCAGGGAUCUCACCGACGAAGAAAUCGUUGAUGGUGAUCUUGUUGAGGGGGAGACGAUUGGUGUUAAGCCUGAGCCAAAGGAGGAAGAGCAAGUCGGCGAAGAUUUCUGA